AUGUUUGUAGACGAUCUAUCAGUCGCCUGCUGGGGUAAAAAUCUCCAAGUCACCUAUCAUAUCGUCCAAGAGGCCCUUAAAAAGCUACAACUGUGGGCGGAUAGCAACGGCUUCAAGUUCUCGACCGCAAAGUCAGAGUAUAUGAUAAUUAGCCGAUCCCACGACACCAGGAACAACAACCUCCAACUAGUUCUAAACGACCAACCGCUCAAAAAGAAAGACACAAUCAAAAUUCUAGGACUCACCUUUGAUAGAAGGCUCACGUGGAAAAAGCAUAUAGAAUUACUUAAAAGAGAGUGCCACACAAGACUCCGCAUCAUCAAGGCCCUAUCAUCCAAGCAAUGGGGAAGCAGCACCAAAGCCCUGCUCAGGAUCUACCGCAGCGUAAUCAGGUCUAAGCUUGAUUAUGGCGCUAUCGUGUAUGACUCAGCAAAUAAAUUUCUUCUUCAAACACUACAAACUAUCCCGAACACGGCAUGUCGUCUCUGCCUUGGUGCUUUCAAAACGAGUCCAACGAACAGCCUACUGAUUGAAGCUGGUGAGCUUCCUCUUAACAUCAGGCGCAUGGAGCUAUGUCUCAAGUAUACUGCAGCAAUCUCUUCUACUCCGAAUAACCCAGCAUAUCACAGUGCAACAAAACAACUAAUGUCAAAUAAAUACCAGGAGUGUACCACUCCCAAGCCACUCCGAAUCCGGACACCCUUAUACAGUGAAGAACUGGGGAUAACUCUCCCGUCUCUCUUUACUAGAAGCCUAGGCUCUAUUCCACCAUGGCAAUCCCAGAAUAUCCGUAUUAAUUUUGAGCUAAGCCAACACGAUCGACCAUCCACAACACCAGAAACCUACAGAGCACUCUUUUGCGAACUGCAUGAAAAAAACUCGCCAAAUAUCGAGUAUUACACAGAUGGAUCAGUUAUGACCGGGCGGGCAGGAUUCGCAGUCACCACAGAUUCCAAUGUCUUAUUAGCGCACCGCGUCCAUGACUGUACCAAUAUAUUCUCAUGCGAGGCACAAGCAGUCCUACAUGCACUCGAAUUAAUCGACACCAGAGAGGAUAACACCAGUAGCACUGUCUACUCAGACUCUAUGUCAUGCCUCUCGGCCAUCGAUAAUCAAUUCUCCACUAACCCUAUCAUCCAGAAUAUUCAACAUAUGCUCCAACAACUUGUCUCCAACAAUAAAACAGUCAAUCUCAUGUGGAUACCAGCGCACCAGGGAAUCCAAGGAAACGAAUUAGCUGAUCACAGUGCCAAAACUGCCACCAGUAACGAAAGACAACUAGCUACCCGAAUAACGCUCAGUGAAGGAUACAAAUAUAUACACGAAUCCGUCAAACAAUACUGGAAUAGUAAAUGGCUACAAGCUCCUCGGUCCAAACUGCAUGACGUCCGCAAUAAUAUAUGGGAAACCGCACCAACAUUCAAAAGAUCUGAACAAUGUGUAAUUAACAGAAUCCGCAUUGGACACACCAGGCUGAGUCACUUACAUCUUAUUGCCAAAGACCCUGUAAGUCUCUGCCAACGAUGCAACACCCCAAUCACAGUCAAACACAUGCUAAUUGAGUGCACCAAAUAUCAAGAUGACAAGGUUCGUACUGGAUUGACCAAAGACAUGCCAUCAAUGCUGAAUGACCACGCCGAGUGCCUUAGACUAAUUAAGUUCCUAAAAGAAGUCAACUUAUUUAAUUCAAUUUAA